UUUGUUUUCCUUUCAAGGCCGCACCACAAAAUUCUUCGGGGGUUGAUAUUUGGUCUCCCCAAUUUGGCAUCAGGGAUUUCCUGCCUGCAGCAUGACAAUGAUUUCCAAAACAACUAUUGGUAUAGCUGCUGGAAUUUGCGGGACCAUUUUCCUGGGCUACUGUUUCUACUUCGACAGAUGCAGGAGAAACGACCCCAACUUCAAGAAGAAGCUGAGGGAACGCCGCCGCAAUUUGAAGGCCAACCUGAAAAACACAAGCUCGAAGUUGCCGAACAUGAACGACCACGAGGCUGUUCAGAGGUUCUUCAUACAAGAGGUUCAACUUGGUGAGGAGCUUUUGGGACAGGGAGACGUUGAAGGUGGAGUCGAGCACUUGGCCAACGCAGUUUCCGUCUGCGGACAGCCCCAGCAGCUCCUUCAGGUGCUUCAGCAAACUCUGCCCCCUCAAGUCUUCUACCUGCUCAUGCAACAGUUGCCUGCAGUCAUGAACAAGGGUCUCUCUGGCGCCACCGUGACAGUUUCUGAGGACGAUGUUGAAUAAGGAAAGGGGCACAGUAGAAAGAGAAUAAAAAUCUGGCGAGAGUUGGCUUCGUAUCAACGUGUAGUGUAGUUGUGUGUGUCCUCAUCUGAAGCCCAGCCUAACAUAGUAGCAAUUUUAAGGCACUGUGCAAAGACACUUUCCAACAGACUUUGUCUGCAAUAAAACAAGUCCGCGGCAUUUAAAAUUCCAGCAGCAUCACGCAGAGAUUGGUUUACCCGUAUUAAGCCACUUUCUGUUCCAAAAUUUUUAGAAUGGUUCCUCCGCUAUGUGUUGAAUUCAUGUUUAAGGCAAUAACAAUGCAUCAAUGCUUUGGAAGACUAUAAAAAUUAUUAAUCCAUUAAAGUUGGUUAAUGUACCAAAAAA